AGUAGAAAAAAAGGACAAACUCUGUAAAACAAUACUUCGCUGGUUCGAAGUUGCAGAACAUUACCAUAAUUAUAAAGUAGACAAAAGAUGUAAAAAAAGACUUAAAUUCAUGUCUUUCAUCAUAAACUUCUAUUUCUGACCUCGAUACGAGAUUAACAACUUACCGGAAAUACUGCAACAAAUAUGGCGGACAAGAUGCAAUUUUCGAGUGACAGAUCUAGAUUUAUCUAAAUAUCUUAAUCCAGACAUAAAGUUACACGAAUUCCUUCCGAUAAAUUGACAGUACAGACAAUCAUCAAUGCAACAGUCGGUAAGCAACCAGAAACAGAAACAGACAAUGGCGAGCAAGAUAUCGAGACUAACAAAGAAGAGUCAGAAUCGGAGAUGUUAACAGAAAGUUUAGAUCAGAGUGAUCAGGAUGAAGCUUUGUUUGACAUACACAACUUUUUGCAUGAUGACCCUGUUGAGAAUAUUUUUGAUGACUCUGACGUUGAAAUAGAUUUGGGAAAUGAACUUGAAGAAAUCAUUGAUAUUGUGGAGGACGAUGAGUUAGAACCAUUGUAUCAAGGAGCAAGUGUAACUGUAGGAGCUUUAAUGCUUAUUGUUGCGUUAUUUGUCACCAAGCACAGUUUGAGCGGUGAUGGUAUUCAACAACUUUUAAGUAUAUUAGCGCUAAUCCUUCCACAAGGACACAAACUAUGUACUAGUGUUCAUGCCUUUAAGAUGUAUUUUCGUAAUCUAAAGAAUCCUCUUGUUAAACAUUUUUAUUGUGGCUACUGCCUGGGAUAUAUAAAAGACAACAAACAGAAAAUUUGUCCAUACACAUCAUGUAGAAAAUCACUGCCACAAAAAUUGGAGUACUUCCUGGAAAUGCCUGUGAAAAACCAACUGAAAAGACUUCUUUUGCAAAAAGAUUUUUAUUCUAACCUUCAGUGCAGAUUUUCGUCAGACCACAACAACUACACGGAUAUAUACAGUGGCAAAUUAUACAAGACCUACUUUGACUAUGGUGGUCCACUUAGCAAUCCUGACAACAUUUCUUUUACAUUUAAUACAGAUGGUGCGUCUGUUUUUAAAAGUAGUAAUAUGUCUGUAUGGACUUAUUUUAAUUGGUAA